GCAAGUGAGAAAGAGAGAGACAGAGAGAGACAGAGAGAGAGAGAGAGAAAGAAAGAGACAGAGAGAGAGAGAGAGAAAGAGAGCGCACACUCAGAGGGAGAGCUAGCUUGAAUUGAUUUGAGACGGAGAGUGUAAGAACAUAGACGAGUAAAGAGCAAAUAGAGUGUGAGACAAGGUGAAAAGGAAAGAACAGAGUGAAGACAGUGAGUCGGAGACAGAAAGAGAGAGUGAGAGACAGAGGGGAGGGGAAAAGAGAGAGAGGCUAGCAGUAUCAAAACUGGAUGUUUCUAAGUGCUUUACUGCUGACUGAACCAAUGAGCACUCACUCUGUUAUUCACCACGCAAAGACACCCAGAGAGAGGUAAAGUAGGAAGCAGCCUGUGGAGAGGCGCCUGACCCCCCCUGGAGGUUCUUAACCCAGGAGGGCUGCAGCAUGUAUGACCACCAACACCUGGACAACACUCUGGUCAACAGCCCACUCUAAGGUGAUAGGUCGUUCAGGACUAGGGUGUCAGUGAUCUGACAGUGAUGUCGUGUCGAGGCCCUCCCCUCUCUCUGCGGCCCUCGUUUUCCCGCGAGUCCCAUGUAACCUAGCCGCCCCCGCCCGCCGCCGCUGGCGCUCACCCAUGAAUCCCAGCCCCGACCGCGGCAAAGAGUGCCUCCCCCCCAAGAAGAGGGAAUCCCGGCAGGGCUCGGUUGACCAGCGCACCCUCCUGGACGAGUUCAAACCGCCCGCCUCGCCCCUCAGGACCCGGCCCGCCGGCAGCUCAGGGAGAGAUGAGGGGUGCAGGGAGAACAGCGACGAGGCUCUGACGAACCCCCACAGUCUGCUACCCUCUCCCCCACCUCCCCUCCCUCCCCCUGGUAUCCCCCUCCCCCUGCCAUGGCACCUGCCUUACACCCCCUCUGUCCCUCUACCCUUCCUCCCAGGCCAGGUAGGAGAGAGGAGGGGGUCAGGCUCACCCUCCUGGAGGGAUGAUCUUCUCCCUUCCCCACUCCCCCAUCACUCCAGGUGGCUCCGAGGUGAAAUCCCCCUUCCCCUUCCACCCUGCUCAUCCUCUUCCUCCUUCAAGAGCCCCUUCCCUGCUGACUCCAGAGAGAUGUGGUCCUAUUUCAACACAGAACGAAGGGACUAUAGCUCCUCUCUCUUCUCCCCCUCCCACCUGUUCAGCCAGCCCCCCCUCUACCGUCCUGACACCUCCAUGACUGAAGGCAGACACAGAUACCUGGGCAAGAGGCCCAACGGGCUGGACGGCCCGGACAGCAGGACUGCCUCUGCCUCCAGGGUAGCGCCACCCUCAGGAGAGUACGGGAACGAACCCAGCGGCAGGGCCAGGCUGGGCGGCAGCCUCCACGGUUCCCAUGCCAACGGGCGGCGGAGACACCAGGAGGAUAUCAUGGGACGUUCUCAGACGGUUGCAGUUUUCCAAGAUUCCCGAGCGCCACCUCCGGAGGGCCCUGACUCACAUUCCUCUCUGCAGGACAGGGAUCCCCGUGGGACGCCAAAGCCUGGGACCCUCACCCUGAUCCCUAGCAGGCCCCAACCCCAUCGGGCAGACCCCAGGGCAGGGAGAGGGGAGAUCCUGGACCCCCUGGGGAGCUCUCCGGCUAAGGCCCAGAUUUACUACUCCCUGGGGUCGAUGUACUCUACCCUACAGUCCAGCCACCUCAACCCCCAGGCUCAGCCUUUCCCCCUGUACAGCCCCUCAGGCAGCCCUCAGUACGGCCUGCACACGAUGAGGAACUCACAGCACUCGCCUCAGGGGCAGCCCAACAGCCACGUCACAGAGAGCGACAGAGAGAGGGAACGAGAGCGAGACAGAGAACGAGACAGACGACGAGAACAAGACAGAGAGAGAAAACGUGAACAAGACAGAGAUAACCGGGAGAGAGACAGUGAACGAGACAGAGACAAAGACAGCGGAGACCUUUCCCCUGGGCGGCAGUACUCACGUCCCCACGCCUCCCCCCUCCUUCCCCUCACGGCCAUCUCACCCCCUGCCCCCCACCACCACCACAACCCCCCAGCACUCCUACCUCAUUUUGCCAAGGGAUCUCUGAUUGAGCUGGUGGGGGGCCGUCUAAAGCGUGUGGAGGAGCUGAGGACGGAGGACUUCCUAAGGAGUGCCAACACCUCCCCGGAGUUCCACCUGAGCACCUGCACCAUUCUGCUCAUCGCCCCCAGCGACACACAUGGCUUCAACCACCUGCAGGUCCUCCUCACAGACCGCAACACUCAGGAGUUACUAACAGUUCUGGUGGAGUACCCGUUCUUCGUGCGGGACCGCGGCUGGUCUUCCUGCUGUCCCCAGAGAACCUCCCAGCUCUAUGGCCUAUCCUGCCGUCAACUCAGCGAGGGAGACAUUUGCCUGGCCCUCACCCCCUCACACACACCUCGCACACACACACACUCACACACACGCACAGCCCCGCGGGGCCACCGCACACACACUCGGGCCAGGGCCGGCGCCAGCUCACACAGGGAAGACAUGCCCCCUCCUCCCCCUCCUCCUCCUCUUUCUCAUCCCUCCCCUGCUCUCGCCCCUCCUCCUCUUCCUCUGCCCCCUGCAGACCCUCCCACCCAGGAGCAGCCACGCUCACGCAAGAGGCGAUGGUCCGCCCCCGACCUCCUACCCCCUACUGGAACUACUGAAGCUACCGGGUACUGACAAGACCACCAAUUUACCUCACGGCUCCAAGCAUAGGAAGCGGCAGUAGAGCUUACACACGCACACACACACACACACACACACACACACACACACACACACAGAAACACACACAUGCAAGCACAAACACACCCUCCUUGUCUCUAGAGCACACACAUGGCCACACAGUAGAGAGACCACAAGGCAGGGUUGCAGGGAAGGACAAAGAAAUGCAACUUUACUUGUGUCCACACUGCUGCCCAAAGUAUGAGCCUAUACCCCUCUUUCUUCAUCCCUCUUUCCCCUCUCUCCGCUUAGCACACCUCUGACAGGGGUAGCUGUCUGAGGACUCCCAGAGAGCUCCACAGUGACAGACGUUGAGUGAGACUCUGUUUUUGUUAUGGUUGUCCCACACGUCUACUUACUGACAGUGUUUUCUGCAGGGUAUCGGUUUUCAAUCAGGGUUAUGGAAGCAAGCUCUAUUGAAGAUAUCUAUCGCAGAGAGAGAGAGAUAUAUAUAUAUAUAUAUAUAAAUAUAUGACUAUAUAUUACAUUACAGAUGUUCUAUAAAUAUGCUAAACCGAUUUAAUGCAACCUCUCUGAUUGUCACUUUCGUAAUGCGUUCUCAGUUUUAGAUUUUCUCGCUUCUUCUGAUACGAAGUUUGACUGUCAGUCAGUCAGUCAGUCAGUCCAUCGGUCAGUGGGUCUGGGCAGGCAAGGUAAAUGAAUGUAUCAGCUACUCUUCGCCUUUUUACUAUUCUCGUUACCGGGGGGUCAUGUUAAUCUCUUGUUCGCCAAGGUAUUGCCCUCCAAUAUGUUCUUAACAUUAUCUCAGCGAAAGGAAAAACACUAAUGAAAAUUGCGUAACAGACAAUCCUCUCCCACACAGGUCGGUCUGUGUCACUUCGCCUUGACCCCGAGAGUGUUUUUCCAUAAAAAAAAUAAUU